UGGUGGCUGUGCCGUUUCGUUGUUGUUCUCGCCUACGACUGUACCGGUACCGUAAGGUCGCGUGAGAACAAAAAAGAAGUCGCGUGUCACCGUGGUUUUUUUUAAUAAAAAAACACAGUUGGUACUGGUAAGUCCCUGUUUCUCGUGACUCGACUAAAGAUGCAUGCGAAGCCAGAAGAGAAGAUUGAAGACAGGCGGGUCACUGACGUCCAUCAUUGGAGUGAUCAAUGAUUGAGCGUAACAUCAGUUCCUUCCUUGUUCUGUGGGAGCAGUUUGUGCACCCUUAAUUGUCACUGACGACCUGCAACGAAGAAGCAACACUACAGGAAUAAGUUUGCUGAGUAGAUGGGUAGGUCCGUGGUACUAUGCAUGGCAGGUACUAGUAGCUGGCUACGGUAGCUACCGGUGGCACCAGGUAGUUGACGGGAUGUUUGUUGAGAGACCUACGAAUAAAAAUUGUGUAGCCAUGGCCGGUUGAAAAGUAUGCCUACAUGUACGUCAAUAUCUGUAGCUCUUCCAACCUGUCUCUUCAAAGAAGCUAUGCUGCGGCUGGCCUGCCUCUGCAUGUGCAAUGGGAACACUUGCGAGUAAUAGUACCGGUAUCUCAAGCCGAACAGCAGACAAACCCAAGAAGAAUCAUUAGUUAAGCCAUUCCUACCGUACUGCUUUCAUUGCUGCUACUUCGUCUGCCGGUAUUACACCGCUGAUAGGCUUCUCUAUCGCUCCGAGCGCUAGCUUGGCAUCACCCCCUUUUCGGUCGUAGGUGUGCAACGAUGUGACUAACGAACAGCUAACACCCAACUAGUCAAAGCAAGCAGCCAACCAAAAGCCCCUCAGCCGGGCAUUCGAGGACGGUGACCGGAUAGUAGUAUACUGCCUGUAGUAGUAGAUAGAAAGCCAACCAAAACUAACUGUCCUCCUGGUGGAAGAUGGAGAAAGCCUGUCAUUGACAUUUUGAAUGCCACGAUCACAUCAACUCGCGAUCACACUCAACUUUUUGUUGACGCUUGGUCGUCAUUGUCAUCAACUCCCAGAUCGUCACCCCAGGCAGUUGAGUGACACAUGUCUCAAGCCUUUGGGGGUGACCCCUUUUGGAUCCCCCUUUACAUGAGAAGCCAGGCAAAAGAUACGGCUUCUUGUUAUCUGAAACGGGGUUCGCAACAUCCUUUUGUGCUUGCAUCCCAUUGGUACAAACAGGGAUUGGUUUUGACACCCAAGGGCACGAGAAUGGAUUCGAUUCUCUUUUGUGUCCAGAACGAAGCGCCAAGCAACGAUUCCCAUCACCUUGCCUCACUGAUUGGCCACAAAACCCAACUCACCGAAUCCAAUCCAUUCAUAAAACAGAAUAGAUACAUCAACAAGGAAGAUAUUGUAAUAACCCCACCAUGUUUUCCGCAAACACUGUCCGCCACUUGGCCCGUGCCGUCGCCCGAAAUGGAGGAAAAACCGCCCUUCGAGGAGCUGCAUUGAGCACUGCUCGUUUUGCUCCUUCCGUCUUGGCUUCAUCAUCUUCAAUCCCCACCAACUUUUGCGCUCAACAACAAGUUGCGUACAAGUCCACCCAAGCUGUCGAUUUUGACCACACUGGACGAGAUGCAUAUGAUGUUUCUCGCACGGUUGAAGGCACGGAUGCCUGCUUGAAAACUGGCUUGGAUAAACUUGGAAUCACCAACCCAUCCACAUUGUACCGCAACAUGACCUACCAGCAAUUGUAUGAGCAUGAACAAAAGAAUGGAGAGGGUGUUGUCGCCCAUGCUGAAUAUGGAGACACAUUUGUGGUGGAUACUGGAAAAUACACAGGUCGCAGUCCCAAGGACCGCUGGAUUGUCUUGAACCCUGGAAGCAAGUCUGCCGAAAAUAUUGACUGGAACAAUAUUAACAUGCCCACCUCGCCUGAAGUCUUUGAUGAGCUCUAUGACAAGGCUGUGGCUCAUUUCAACACCAAGGAAAAGGCAUAUGUCUUUGAUGGAUACUGUGGAGCUCGCAAGGAUUCCUCUCGCCUCAAGGUCCGCUUUGUCCAUGAAAUGGCUUGGCAACAGCAUUUCGUAUCCAACAUGUUCAUCCGACCCGAAGAAGAAAGUGAAUUGGACGGCUUUGAUCCUGACUUUACCGUCAUCAACUGCUGCUCUCAAGUGGAUGAAGACUGGGAACGACAUGGCCUCAACUCAGAGACUGCCGUGGUCUUCAAUAUUGAAAAGAAGACCGCCGUCAUUUUUGGCACCUGGUAUGGAGGAGAAAACAAGAAGGGUAUCUUCAGUUUGAUGAACUACUUGUUGCCCAUGGCUGAAAAGCCAAUGUUCCCCAUGCAUUGCUCUGCCAAUGUUGGAAAGGAUGGAGAUGUGGCUCUGUUCUUUGGUCUCAGUGGAACUGGAAAGACCACCUUGUCAGCUGACCCCCACCGUGCUUUGAUUGGUGAUGACGAACAUGGAUGGGACGACAAGGGUGUCUUCAACUUUGAGGGAGGUUGCUAUGCCAAGACCAUUGAUCUGACCGAGAAGACCGAGCCUGAUAUCUACCGAGCAAUCCACACGGAUGCCUUGUUGGAGAAUGUCAAGAUUUUGGACGACGGAACACCCGACUACUUUGAUACCACCAAGACCGAGAAUGGACGUGUGUCCUACCCAAUCUUCCACAUUCCCAACUACCACAAGGAACAAGUUGCUGGACACCCCAACAACGUUAUUUUCCUCAGUUGCGAUGCCUUUGGUGUCCUUCCUCCCGUGGCUCGCCUGAGCUCGGGUCAAGCCAUGUACCACUUCUUGUCUGGAUACACGGCCAAGGUCGCCGGAACAGAGCGUGGAAUCACAGAACCAGUGGCCACUUUCAGUACCUGCUUUGGUGCUGCUUUCAUGACCUUGCACCCCACUGUCUACGCUGAUUUGCUCAAGGAAAAGAUGGAGACCUACGGAAGUCAGGUAUUCUUGGUCAACUCUGGUUGGGCUGGAGGUCCAUACGGCGAAGGAUCGCGCAUGUCCAUCAAGGCCACUCGAUCUUGCAUUGAUGCCAUUAUGAAUGGAUCCAUUAACGAUGCCGAGUUUGCCCCCGACCCAAUCUUUGGAUUUGAUGUGCCCAAGGCUUUGGAGGGUGUCGACCCAGCACUCUUGGACAUCAAGUCCACCUGGGCCCACCCCGAGAAGUACGACGAGACCGCCCAAAAGCUGGCGUCCAUGUACGUGGAGAACUUCAAGAAGUACGAAGGCAAGGGAUCUGUGGACUACACUCAGUACGGACCGCAAUUAUAAGCAAGCAAGCAAGGCGUGCAGCCAACAACCUUUGGACCUCUUUUCAGCUGUGUGUUUGGCUCCGCGAUGCCCACUUUUGCUUGAGAUUUGAGAAUGAUCGGGAUUAUGUACCGUUUUGCUUGACGGAUGAACGAACGAAUUGAAAGCAAAAAGUGAAGCAAAAAGAAAAAUGCGAGUUUUGUCCACUGUGCACAGAACAAUAGAGAAUGAAGCAUUUUAUGAUAAUUGAUUUUUUUACAGCCAAGGAAGCUCUUUGUUCACAUUCAGAGGAGCGUUCGCAUCUUCCUCUCUUUUGUGUCAUUGCCCAUCUUUGUGCCCGAUUCGAUUCAUGUAUCCGUUAGCUUUUUGCUUGCUUCUUCUCUCGCGCAUCAGCGUGAGCGUUGGCAUCUUCCGGCCGCUGGAGUUGCGGGGAAUCAGCUCUUGCAGCGGUUCCUUUUUGUUGGUCGCCAGCAACUUGUGUUAAUCUUCUAUUUUGAGUCAUGCUUCCAGAUUGUGUCAUUCUUCCAGAUUACGUCACCUGGUACUAAUUUCUACGUGUUUUUACGUAGAACCUUCCA